AGAAGUCAUUCAUGAAUUGAAUUAGUAUCAGUCUGUAUGCAUGCAUUUCUUUGGUCAAAGUCAUGACUAGAUAGCGGUCGAAGCUAGCAAGCGGUUAGAAAUUUCAUGCAUGCCACAUAAUUCUAACACCUCCCUCCCUAUCUCCCUCCUAUAAAUUCAAUACCUAGCUAGCUAGCUUCCUUCCCUGAUAAUCGCCCAUAUACAUAAAUACAGACAUACACACACACACGAACAUAUAUAUCCCCGAUCGUAUAUCGAACAGUUAUCAGAAAAUGGCCGGAAAACAAUGCGUCGUGUUCUUGGUGAUGUUGUGUGCCGCAAUGGCCGGAAGUGCUUCAGCUCAAAGUGCUACUAACGUGAGAGCCACGUACCACCUCUACAACCCGCAGGACAACAACUGGGAUUUGCGAGCCGUGAGUGCCUACUGCUCGACGUGGGACGCCGACAAGCCCUUGGAAUGGCGCAGCAAGUACGGAUGGACCGCUUUCUGUGGCCCGGCAGGUCCGACCGGACAAGACACCUGUGGAAGGUGCCUGCUAGUGACAAACACCGCGACCGGAGCUCAGGCGACGGUGAGGAUUGUCGACCAGUGCAGCAACGGAGGGCUGGACUUGGAUGUGAACGUGUUCAACCAGAUAGACACGGACGGAAGUGGGUAUCAGGCAGGACACCUUACGGUUAACUACGACUUUGUCGACUGUGGGGACUGAAUUACUUAAACUCAAGCUAGCUCUUGCAUCUAUUAUGAAUUAGCAAGGGAGCUUUCUAAUAAUGUAAACUAAGACAUGAAUAAACUUCAUAUAUCAUACACGAAGGAUGGAAUAAAUCAACAAAAAGUGAUGUUAUUGCUUCUUGAUUAAUAAUUAAACUACGAAUAUAGUGAUUGGACCUUGUAUU